ACUAAUUCCUUAUUAGAUAUUAUUAUUGCCAUUGCCAUGCAUUGCCUCAACCUCUAAUGUUAUUUAUAACUAUAUUUUAUUAAUGCAUAUUUACGCUUGUGUUGGUUCCUAAGCUUUCUGCUAGUGCUACAAUGGCCUCUACCUUGUGUUACAACUCUCUUAAUCCCUCAACAACAGCUUUCUCGAGAACCCACUUCUCAGUUCCCUUGAAUAAAGAGCUUUCACUGGAUAUUUCACCUUUUGUUAGCUAUGGCUAUCAUCACCUGGGAAGCAGAACAAUGAAGCAGAGGAAGAGAGUGAUGCAUGUCAAAGCUGCAGUUGCUGAGGCUCCACCCUCAUCGCAAGCUGUGAAUGGAACCUCUCAGAAGAAGAAGCUUCGGGUACUUGUGGCGGGUGGAGGGAUAGGUGGCUUGGUUUUUGCUUUGGCUGCUAAGAGAAAAGGCUUUGAGGUAAUGGUGUUUGAGAAGGACCUGAGUGCUAUAAGAGGGGAGGGACAGUAUAGGGGUCCAAUUCAGGUACAAAGCAAUGCAUUGGCUGCUUUGGAGGCUAUAGAUUCAGAGGUUGCUGAGGAGGUUAUGAGAGUUGGUUGCGUCACUGGUGAUAGAAUCAAUGGACUUGUGGAUGGAGUUUCUGGUUCUUGGUAUGUCAAGUUUGAUACAUUCACUCCUGCAGUGGAACGUGGGCUUCCGGUCACGAGAGUUAUUAGUCGAAUGGCUUUACAAGGGAUUCUUGCUCGUGCUGUGGGGGAAGAUGUCAUUAUGAAUGCCAGUAAUGUUGUUAAUUUUGUGGAUGACGGAAACAAAGUAACAGUAGAGCUCGAGAAUGGUCAGAAAUAUGAAGGAGAUCUCUUGGUUGGGGCAGAUGGUAUAUGGUCCAAGGUGCGAAAACAGUUAUUUGGGCCAACAGAAGCUGUUUACUCUGGCUAUACUUGUUAUACUGGUAUUGCAGAUUUUGUGCCUGCUGACAUUGAAACCGUUGGGUACCGAGUAUUCUUGGGACACAAGCAAUACUUCGUAUCUUCAGAUGUUGGAGCUGGAAAGAUGCAGUGGUAUGCAUUUCACAAAGAACCUGCUGGUGGUGUUGAUAGCCCCAAUGGAAAAAAGGAAAGGUUGCUUAGGUUAUUUGAGGGCUGGUGUGAUAAUGCAGUAGAUCUAGUACUUGCUACAGAAGAAGAAGCAGUUCUGCGACGAGACAUAUAUGACAGGAUACCAACAUUGAAAUGGGGAAAGGGUCGUGUGACUUUGCUCGGUGAUUCUAUCCAUGCCAUGCAGCCAAAUAUGGGCCAAGGAGGUUGCAUGGCUAUUGAGGACAGUUAUCAACUUGCAUGGGAGUUGGACAAAGCAUGGGAACAAAGUAUUAAAUCAGGGUAUCCGAUUGAAAUUGAUUCUACCCUAAGAAGCUACGAGAGAGAAAGAAGAUUACGAGUUGCCAUUAUUCAUGGAAUGGCUAGAAUGGCAGCUCUUAUGGCUUCUACAUACAAGGCAUAUCUAGGUGUUGGUCUUGGCCCUUUAGAGUUUUUGACAAUGUUUCGUAUACCACAUCCUGGAAGAGUUGGAGGAAGGUUUUUCGUUGACAUGAUGAUGCCUGUUAUGUUGGACUGGGUCUUAGGUGGCAAUAGCUCCAAACUUGAAGGUAGACCACUAAGUUGCAGGCUCUCAGACAAAGCAAACAACCAGUUGCGCAGAUGGUUUGAAGAUGAUGAUGCACUUGAGCGCGCUACUAAUGGAGAGUGGAUUUUGUUACCAUGUGGGGAUGAAACAGGUCUUUCAGAACCUAUAUGUUUAAGUCGAAAUGAGAUGAAACCCUGCAUAAUCGGGAGUGCACUGCAAGAAGAUUAUCCAGGCAGUUCAGUUACAGUACCUUCACCCCAGGUUUCUCAAAUGCAUGCUCGAAUUAACUAUAAGGAUGGCGCCUUCUUCUUAACUGAUUUGCGGAGUCAACAUGGCACCUGGAUUAUUGACAUUGAAGGAAGGCGGUACCGUGUACCUCCGAAUUAUCCUGCUCAAAUCCACCCAUCUGAUGUUGUUGAGUUUGGUUCUGGGAAGUAUCCAAGUUAUUUGCAGGUUUCAUUUCGAGUUAAGGUGACAAGAUCCACUCCAAGAGUCUCUGAGAAGGAAGGGACAAAAGUUUUACAGGAAGUAUGAGUGAUUCUGAUUAGUUACAAUUUGCAAGUUAUUGAAAAGUUAUACAGCACAAAUUUGGAGUGGUAGAGCACUAUCUGCAUUCUUUUAGGGCAGGGUAUUAUACAACGGUGCCACUUAUUCAGGAUCUGAUUAUGUUAUACACAUACACGGACUCUUAAGAUAUAAAUUUGUAGAACAUUGUUUAGGGUUACAACUGUACAUAUUCAUGCACUUCAAAAGAAUUUACAAAGAAUUCGCAAUAUCUUACAAUUA